CUUCAUUCAGCGAAAUCUGUUGAGAUGUGGAACAAACCAAACCUGGGAAUCUUUCUCCUCUGUCUGAUGGCCAGCGGGGGGAACGCGUUGCCCGCCGACGUAGCCAGAUACAAUAAAUUGGGACAAAGCCCAACAAAACCAGCCAGCCUGAACUGCAGUGCGGCCCCUACGACCAAUCAGUUGGGUCUGGAUACUGAGAGCACCCCGUCGCCACCGGAAUUCGAGUACGCCCUGCUCGGUCAGGAUCCUAAGGAUCAGCAUUGGUAUCGCGUCAGUCUUACGCCCACGAAGAACCAGACGGGGUAUCGCGCCCAGUUCGCCACCCGGAAGCAGCCGCCCUUCGACGACCAAGAGGCACACAAGCAUGACAGGACCAUUGGCGAACUGCUGGAUUGGCUGGACCAUUCCGAGGAACGAAAACUCCUGCAAGUGUACCGGGACGUGUUGGACGACGAGCAGAGGGAAACAAAUCAAAAGCUAGAUAAUGAAGUCCGAAGUGAAACCGACUUCAGGCCCACAAAGAGCAACCAUCAGCUGCACCUGGUGGGAGAGGAGACGUCAACCCCGGCUCUAAGUCCGAAUGAAAGUGAGCCGAAGGCAGUCCAGAACUUUGUAUACUUUAUAAAGGGACUGGAAUGAUUCCGAAGAUAUGUUACUCGAAAGAAAAGAAUUCACUUAAAGUCUAUACAAUCCGACACUGAAUUAUUUUAAACUUAUUCGAAACCCUAUUAUGUUUUUAAAAUAAAUUUUAUAAAUCUGCAUAUAGAACCAAAAAAUAUUAGUAAAGU